AGUUAUUAUGUAUUAACCUUGAGCAGUACGCAUAUGCCUGCCAGCAAAACGAAAGCACUGUUGAUGGCUGGAGAGAUUGGACUGGCUGUGCUUUGACCUGCCCUGCUAACAGUGUUUACAAAGACUGCAUGAGUGCCUGUCCUGCAUCCUGCAGCAACAUGGCAUCAGAGUCUGAAUGUGAGGCGCCGUGCACUGAAGGAUGCCAGUGUGAGCCUGGGUACAUACUCAGUGGAUAUGACUGUGUGCCGUACAAAGAUUGUGGCUGUACUUACCUCAAUAAAUAUUACAAGACCGGAGAUAACUUCAUCACAGAUGAUUGUUCACAGAGCUGCACUUGCACAGAUAGCUCAUCUGUAGUUUGUGAUGCCAUGCAGUGUAAAGCUGGGGAGGAAUGUACUACAGCCAGUCAGAUUCGUGGAUGCUAUAUUCCAAGCCCAUGUCUGGAGAACACUUGUGAGAAUGGUGGUACCUGUGAGGAAUUGCCAGGAACAGACAAUACUACCAAUGGUAUGCGCUGUAUAUGCCCCAACAGCCAUAAAGGACCCUUCUGUGAGGAGGAGAAUGAAAUUAACAACACAGCUAUAUACAUUGUGAUUGGUGUCGUUCUUGGAGUCUUCAUCAUAACCUUUGUGUUUGUUAUUGCUGCAUAUUGUUGCUUAAAAUCUAGGUAUGUAUAUUUUUCUAACAAAUGGGAGAUUAUAUAA